AUGUCAAUGAGAGCGAACGCCAUUAUUCGAAGAUACCGCACCAGGACUCUUGAAGGAGGUCUUGUACUGAAACCAGUCCAUUUCAAAAACGGCAAUACUCGUCUCAGGGUGUUCCCGAAAUAUGUUGAUGAAUCUGACGCGUUGCCCAUUCCAAUGGAGAGAAAUCGCGAAAAAAAUCUGUCGGGUGAUGACAAUUCGUCGAAGGGCUCUGCAAAUCCGACCACACCCCCUGUAAAUGGAACUGCUGGAUCGUUUGCUGUUAAGCGCAGCUUCAGCGAAGAGACAGAGUUACGCACAUCACCUAAGAGAUCACUGGCAGAACCGUCACAGGGGGCACAGGGGGUUCACCGGUUGAUGACAACAAUCACUCGUUCUCACAAGCACCAGUUGACGAAUCGUGAUCCGGCUGCAGAUCUGUUAGCACAAGGACUCUUGGGCCUUCCAACAAGCUACAUGCCGAUGUGUGCAUAUCCACAAUACGAGCCGCCAUCAUCAUCACUUCUUGCCUCUUCAUUGUCUAGUCUCCCAACCGCAUCACUCACUUAUUCAUCACCUGUGACAUCCUAUGGAAAUCCAUUCGUAACAGCUCCAACGCUCAUCAACUCAUUGGCAAACAAGAAUGAAGAGAAAAAUGAGUCGGUGGUUUGUCCAACAAGUCAGCUGAGCGAGUUAUCAAUAGGCAUGUCAGAGCCGCAUAUCACUGAAGCGUCCAAGCUGACACCAGGAAUGAUUAUGAUAGCAGGUGAGAAUGUUCGGUCUGUUUUAGGGGAUGCAAAUAUUCUUAUUUGUUCAAGGAAAAGGAAAUAUAAGAAGUUUCGAAGAAUUUCUGGGCGGGUCUAUCUCAGCAAUGGAGUUUGGGGGUCUUGCGCAAUAGUUCGUGUAGCUUACAGCAGUAGCGAAGAAAACGAACUUCUUGGAGGUUCAGGAGGUGCAAGU